UGUGAAUUUUAGAUACUUAUUGAGGUUAUGGUCGAGAGCUUUUUUGCUCCCUUCUAGUAUGGGGUAUGAGGACCUUUUUUUGUUCUUGAGUAGUUAUUUUCCUCUCUUUAGGUUACGUUGCUCUGAUAAGAUUUGCUUUCAUUCGUAAAUUUUAAGUUAGUCAAUCUUCAGGGCAGAGAAUUCAUAUUAAAGAAUUACAUAGUGAAUUGUAUAAGCGUAGUGGAAGGCAUAAAAAUCUUUAUUAUCAAGAAAUCUCCGGUUUCCGUUAUACGCUGUUUCGUUAAAUUACACCCACCUCCGCCCUCCCCCUCCCUACAAAGCCGCGUAAAAAAGCGGACAAACACGCCCGCACGCUAUUUCGUUUUAAAUGAAAUUUUUUGACGUCGUUUUUUUAUAUCCCACUCCGUCGUCCUUUGUUCCAUAUUAAAUUCUCCCCGUCAGGCUGCAGUAAGGACAGGUGACACAGUUGGCGAUGUUGUGAUGUUCCGUUCAAAUUACCCCUUCAAGGUUGGCGAAGUAACUAAAAAAAUACCACUUUUUAUCUUGAAACAAUGUCAAUCAGAACUGACGUUGAGUCGACAUGUCACGCCAUUACACAGCGCACCAAUUCGACAGGCCGUUUCGGCCGACUUACCUACGCAAUUGGGAAGUACCAAGAUUUCACUGCGCGAGACCGACAAGGAGAAGGGGUACCACGGUGGUCGUGGGUAAUUCCCGCGGACACCUGUUGCCCGGAGUGCCGAGAUCGAAGCGCGACCCUUGGGGGGAGUUUCUGGGUACAUGGAAUUUACCGAAAACAAUUGAUAGAGACGGGGCAAGAAAAUUAAACGGACUUGCCGAUCGCGAUUCGUUUUUCCACAGGUGUAACCAGGCGAUGUUUCCUCCACAAAAAUUGCCGCAAAAAAUACAGGCAGUCGGAGACGGAGACGGAGAACGAGCAGAUUUGGAAUCGGCGACUAGCGAGUCGCGGAUGCGGAAAGCAGAACAGGCCUGUCCGAUACACGACUGACAAUAGCGCCAGUAGUCGAAAAAUAAACAAAAAAAAAACUAUCCGAGGUUGUAAUUUCGUAUAUUAAAAAC